CUGUCCUGUGGACCUGAUUGGCCCUGCUUUGAUGUAGUUUCAUCUAAAGGCACAAGUCCCACUUACUCUUGGAGUUGAUGAAUGUCUGAAGACCAUGGGAAAUACCAACCUCCUGCCAACCAGACAGGUUUCCAUAUAGAAAAGGCGGUUCUAUAAAAGCUAAAUGCUACUGCUUCCCUGUUGCAUAUCCUUACCGUGUCAGGGGAAAGUAAAUCUCUUUUCCUUAGCAGUUCAGUGUUACAAUUGCCUCAUUUUGGUCCCAGACGCACCAUAAAGUAAGGAGAGCGCUAGCUUCUGACUCGUCCCAAAGACCCCGAUAACUUUGGGCAGAAUUCUGAAGCUCUCUUGCUUUCACACUUCUGCAGGAUAAGGUGAGUCUUUCUCAUGUCUCAUGUCACCCCAGUGACAGAGGGACAGAGCAAUGAGACACGCUUAGAAUCCAAAAAGACCAUCUCUUCCCUCGCUCCAUCUGGGUAAGUAGUUUUAUCCACCAUCCUCAGUCAAAUAUCAUCUUCCUCCCCCACCUCUUAGCAAUCAGACUCUCAAGUAACCAUCUGACAUCCCUCCCUAAUUUCACACACAAUAUUUGAGAUGACUUUCCUGCCCCACCUCACUCAGCUAUUCGGUAAUGACUGCGCCAGAAGGCUCCCCGGUGAGAAGGGGUGGGGUUCACUGCUCCGAGACCGCUUCCCUCCCCUCAGGGAGCCACGGGGACUUCCAGAUCCAACUUGGGAAGCACGAUGCUGUAACCUGAGCAGCAGCCUAUCCUGAAUUUACUCGAUGGGUGCAUUAAUAGAAGCCUUUCUCACUGCCCCUGACAGGACUUAGCAGCUGUGCUUGCUUCCCAGUCGCCUAAAAGCUCCAGCCUCCCGGCUGGUCUGCUUUUGCUCCUUGAGACUGACAUUUCAAAGUGCUUAGACUCAGUAAGGCACCAGUCCUACACCCCACACCCUGGCCUGGCCCAGCUGCCACCUUCCCCAGCCACUCUCUCAGCCAGCUCUAAGCCAGGAGGGAAAGAGCGCCCCUGAAUUCAGCCUGCUGGACCCCAUUUUUGGUGAUCAUGACGGAGGUCAAGGCACUGAAAGUCCGGUUGACUCUCUGCUUCAUCCUGGUGGGCGUCUGCUUGUUGAUGGCCGCAGUGGUGACCGAUUACUGGGCAGUUCUGAGCCCCAGGGUGGAACAGUACAAUGCCACCUGCGAGGUAGCCCACUUCGGUCUCUGGAGGCUCUGCACCAAACGGAUCUACAUGAGCAACACCAAUGACAAGAGCUGUGGACCCAUCAACCUGCCAGGGGAACAGAACUGUUCAUACUUUAGGCAUUUUAACCCAGGAGAGAGCUCAGAAAUCUUUGAAGUCACCACCCAAAAAGAAUACAGCAUCUCUGCAGCAGCCAUCUCCAUCUUCAGCAUCGGUUUCACGAUCAUGGGGACCAUUUUCAUCCUUCUGUCCUUCAGGAAAAAGAGGGAUUACCUUCUGAAGCCAGCAGCUCUGUUCUAUGCUUUUUCAGGUCUCUGUAUCAUCGUCUCUGUGGAAGUCAUGCGGCAGUCGGUGAAGCGGAUGAUAGACAGCGAGGAGACUGUCUGGAUAGAAUACUACUACUCCUGGUCCUUCGCCUGCGCCUGCACCUCCUUUGUCCUCUUGUUCAUCUGCGGCAUUGCUCUCCUACUUAUAUCCCUGCCCCGCAUGCCCCAGAAUCCCUGGGAGUCUUGUAUGGAUGCUGAGCCUGAGCAUUAGCUUGAUUUCAUCCUUUCCCGAUGACCUGGGAUGAGGACUAAGGAAGUAGCAGCCUCCAAGGUGCUCAUGCUCUCUCACUCUCUCUGGAAGCCAAAUGGCAAAACCAAGAGAGGUAAAAAGUGGGAACGUGGAUGUGGCAGCAUCACUCCCAUCCUCAUUGAUAAUAAGUGGUCCUCCUUUCAACGGGAUCACAUUUCCCCUUAUCUGAGACAUCUUUUCCAUCUAUUCCAGCCUCAUUCUUUAUUCCCUCCUCCAUCAUACCUCCUCCCCUCCCCUCUACUCACCAUCAUAUAGAAUGGUGUCUGGAUGUAUGACAUUCUCCCCAGUUCCUAUCACUACCUAAAACCUACAGACUGCUACAAUUUUUCUGUGCUCCUAUUUGUGUGGUGACAGAAUCUCUGCUUUAAUCUAGUAGCAGAAUGGGAGUCCAGAGCCUUAUCAGCUGAUUUUCUACACUCCCAGCAGUGCCUGUAGGUAGGGAGUUUGGGGGAAUGCAUUUGACUCCUAGAUGUUGCAGUUUGGGUUCAUAACUGUUCCUGUACACAAUCUCAAACUGGUUUCAGGUUGUCCUUCAUAAAAUGCUCUAUUCUUAUAACUUACCCCUUUACUUUAUUAUUUCAGUUUUUUCUUCUAACUCUGUGUGUGCAAGUCCCCAGAAAGAAGUCCCUAGAGCAAUGGAUAGAGAUUUGCUUGCAGCAAUAGCCAACCCCUCCUCUGCAUAGUGUCAAAGUACACAGUGGGCUAUUUGGAAUUCAAUCUAAAGUGAAGGCCUCCUCUUUGCCCUAAUGUUCAUCAUAAUCCUCAAGGAGCAUUUCCAAUUGGGGAGAAAUGAAGUGUGCAUUAAAAUAAAAUUUCUGUGAAAAUGUUAA